AUGCACCAAUGCGAUCAUUGCAACAACGAAUUCAACGAUGAGAAACAUCUGAUGAGCCACAUACGAUGUGAUCAUCCAAACAUCCAGGAGGUAACUAAUAGUGCGAAGCCGGGGCCUUCUUGGGAGGAUGAUCAGUGCGGCAAACAUUCUAACAGAAAUAGUUGCAUUGAAAACAAUAGGCCUUACGAAUGUGAUGUGUGUAACCAAAGGUUUCAUAAAAGAUAUGGAUUAAUAUAUCACUACAAGAAUGCCCACCGACGUUUAAUGUACCAAUGUGAACAUUGCAUAUACGGAACUAACGAUGAAGAAGAUAUGAAGAGCCACAUACGUGAUCAUUCUAACAACCAAGGAGAAAGCAUUAUUAUAGACCCGGAACCGUCUUUGGAGAAUGACCAGGGCGUCAAACAUUCUAAGACAAACAGCUGCAUUGAAAACAUGCUUCACGAAUAUGAUGUUUGCAACCAAAUGUUCCGUGAAAUUAAUGAGGUGACGACGAAUCACUUAAUGAAGGACCACAAAUAUUUAAUGCAUCAAUCUGAAUAUUGCAACUACCAAACCAACAAUGAAAUAACUGCUAAAAUAUUAUACAUUAUAGGAAAACGCAAUGGUUUUAUGUGUUCUCAGUAA